UACCAGGCGUGGUGUCCAGAUCCUGGAUCUUGACGACUCGUAGAUCAUCUCAGCACUGCAUACGCACAGCAAGACGAGAUAUUCAAGUAACGAUGGUCCGCACUGCUCUGACCCGCUCGACCGUGGCCGGCGCUGUCCGCGCAAGUGCGCCUGCCCGCAGGGCUGGUGUCGCUAUGGCUGUUCGCAGCAAGCAUACUCUGCCCGACCUUCCGUACGAUUUCGGUGCGCUCGAGCCCGCGAUCAGCGCGCAGAUCAUGCAGCUGCACCACCAGAAGCACCACAACACAUACGUCACCAAUCUGAACGCGGCCGAAGAGGCGAUGAGCGAUGCGCUGGCCAAGAAGGAUGUCAAGAAGGCGAUCGCAACCCAAAAGGCGCUCAACUUCAACGGCGGUGGUCACCUGAACCACUCUCUGUUCUGGACCAACCUGGCUCCUCCCAAGCAAGGUGGAGGAGAGCUCAGCGCUGGUCCUCUGCAGCAGCAGAUCGAGAAGGACUUUGGCAGCUUGGAUGGCCUGAAGAGCAAGAUGAACACAGCACUCGCGGGCAUCCAGGGCUCCGGAUGGGGGUGGCUCGGCUACGACAAGGAGAAGGGCAAGCUGGACAUCGUCACUACGGCCAACCAAGACCCUCUCAUCACCCACAUCCCACUCAUCGGCAUCGACGCGUGGGAGCACGCUUACUAUUUGCAGUACCAGAACGUCAAGGCCGACUACUUCAAGGCCAUCUGGGAUGUAAUAAACUUCAAGGAGGCAGAAAAGAGGAUGACGUCCGCCUGAACUCAAAUAGAGAGAGAAAUUUAGCAUGUGGGCCGAAGGCGAAAUGGAUAGCAAAUGCCCACUGGUUCGCGCCAGCGUGAUUGUAGUUGGUCUAAAAGCCGCCCGUAAAUGCGAAUGAGAAAGAAAUUCGUGCGCCCGAGCGCGGAG